ACGGACCUUUCUUUUUCCAUUUUGUUUAGAUCAUUUUGUCGUGGGUAGUGUUUAUUUAAAAUGAAAGGAUAUGGCACAGUGUUGAAAAAUUAAAACUUUUAUUUCAGUUCAUCUGUUUUUGUGUCGACAGAGAAGAGAAAGAGCAGGAGCUGAGGUGAUAGGAGGAGGUUAAAAACACACAGUUGUGUUAGCAAUAGAUUACACUAUGGAACUUUCUCAUUGAACCAAAGAAGCAACUGCUCUACUUUUCUUUGAACGUGGCUAAACGAAAUGACUAUUGGAUACGUCCAAGAGAGGGACACCACAUUUCCAGCUGUUUUUUUGUGCAGAUUGGGUUGACAGAGGAACCACUGAACUCAGUGUAGAUGGGACAGGCACUGUGGGGGCUGCCUCCCAGACAACAGCAGCAGCUUCAGGAAGAGUUUGCAGACCGACUAGCUGACCAAGGAGGAGGACAAGAGCAAGGGAGAAAUGGAGGUCACCAGAAAAGAGGUCCCCAGCACUGUUAUGGCCCUGACAUCUACCAUCUGCUGAGAGCACGCAUGGGAUGUAAAGAACAGCAUGGUUUUAUAGAUUUGGAGAUGUUGCCACCUGAAUUAAGCAUCACCAUACUGUCAUACCUGAAUGCUACUGAUCUGUGCCUGGCUAGCUGUGUGUGGCAGGACUUGGGAAAUGACGAAUAUUUGUGGCAGGGGCUGUGCAAGUCCACAUGGGGACACUGCUCCAUCUACAACAGAAAACUACCUGCUGGUUUCUCAUAUAGAAGACUAUAUCUACAACUAGAUGAAGGAAGCCUGACAUUUAAUGCUAACCCACAGGAGGGUAUCAGUUAUUUCAUGUCUAAAGGCAUACUAGUGGAUCAUCCGACUGAGCUGGCUAAGUUCAUCUUCUACACUAGACGGCUCAACUGGAAGAUGCUGAGGAUUUACCUGGAUGAGAGGCGGGAUGUCCUGGACGAGUUGGUGACCUUACAUAACUUCAGUAACCAGUUCCUCCCCAAUGCUUUACGAGAUUUCUUCAGACAUAUUCAUGCACCAGAGGAGAGAGGAGAGUAUCUGGAAACCCUCAUCACCAAGUUCAGCCACAGGUUUUGUACCUGUAACCCUGGUCUUGUCCGAGAGCUGGGCCUUAAUCCUGAUGCGGUGUAUGUGCUGUGCUACAGUCUGAUCCUGCUUUCCAUUGACCUGACCAGUCCCCAUGUCAAAAACAAAAUGUCCAAGAGGGAGUUUAUCAGGAACACUCGCCGAGCAGCACAUAAUGUCUCAGAAGACUUCGUAGGCCAUCUCUAUGACAACAUAUACCUGAUUGGUCAUGUGGCAGCGUAGCUCCACUUACCAUCUGUCCAGAAGAAAUCUUCAUACUGCACUGAGACUGUGCUACCAAAUAUUAGAAAUGUUAUUAGAUUCCAAUCAAAGGUGUGACAAAUCUGAAAUGUCUUUUAAACCAAGUAGCUAUAAAGACUGAAAAGGUUUUAAAACAGAGCCACGAAGACAAGCUCUGAUACUGCACUGAUGAAUGGGUACCACUGGUUGGUGGAGGGACCAGGAAGAAGAGGAGCGCUGUCCUCAGCCUGUCAAAGGCUGGACAGGACAGCCAUACUGAGUUGGACAGGAGCUGCAAGUGUUGUUCACCAGUAGGACAAACAUUGUUCUAGGAAGUGACAGAACAUUAAUACAAGGCUAACACAAAAUCGCUCACUAAUAUCACUCAUAACGUUUUCCAGUGUAACUAAUGACAGAGGUACACAGAAGAUAUUUUGCAAAUCCAUUGAAUUUGAUACACUUUCAGUGAUAAUGACCGUAAUGUCUAAUCGUCAAGAUUCAACUAGACUGCCUAAAAACACAAAACAUUAGCAGAUUUUUACAUAAGCCCUUAAAGCAGACAAAGCGAACCCAAUCAAAAAAUGAGACAGAAAUAUUAUACUUGUGCAUUUAUUCAUUCUGAAAAAUGAUCCAGUAUUAUUAGUACAUACACUAUAUUGCCAAAAGUAUUCACUCACCUAUCCAAAUAAUUGAAUUCAGGUGUUCCAAUCACUUCCAUAGCCACAGGUGUAUAAAAUCAAGUACCUAGGCAUGCAGACUGCUUCUACAAACAAUUACAGGUACUGUGAUAGGAUGCCACCUGUGCAACAACUACAGUUGUGAAAUUUCCUUGCUACUUAAUAUACCACAGUCAACUUUCAGUGGUAUUAUAGCAAAGUGGAAGCUAUUGGGCACGACAGCAACUCAGCCACAAAGUGGUAGGCCACGUAAAAUGACAGAGCGGGGCCAGCGGAUGCUGAGGUGCAUAGUGCACAGAAGUCGCCAACUUUCUGCAGAUUGAAUCGCUACAGACCUCCAAACUUCAUGUGGCCUUCAGAUUAGCUCAAGAACAGUGCGUAGAGAGCUUCAUGGAAUGGGCUUCCAUGGCUGAGCAGCUGCAUCCAAGCUAUACAUCAGAAUCAGAAUUCUUUUAUUUAUCCCCGAAGGGAAAUUCUUUAAAUCACCAAGUGCAAUGCAAAGCGUCGGAUGCAGUGGUGUAAAGCACACCACCACUGGACUUUAGAACAUUGGAGACGCGUUCUCUGGAGUGAUGAAUCACCUUCUCCGUCUGGCAAUCUGGUGGAUGUGUCUGGGUUCGGCAGUUGCCAGGAGAAUGGUACUUGUCUGACUGCAUUGUGCCAAGUGUGAAGUUUGGUGGAGGGGGGAUUAUGGUGUGGGGUUGUCUUUCAGGAGCUGGGCUUGGCCCUUUAGUUCCAGUGAAAGGAACUCU